AUGCAGCCCCUGACCGUAGCCCUCAGCCUGGCCCUGUGCGCCCUGAGCGCGUGCGCAGACGUGGUGCCGCCCGCGCCGCGCCACGCCGGCCACGACCUCCUGCACCACGACGGCGACUGGGGCGAGGGCGCGCGCGCGGCCGGCGCCGGGCGCUGGCAGGACAGCGGCUACUUCCAGGGCGACAUCAUGCUGCCCGCCAACGUGUCCGCCCGCAACGGCCUCCUGUCCACGGCGGCGCGCUGGCCCAACCGCGUCAUGCCCUACUACAUCGACCCCACCUUCACGUCCGCCCAGCGCGCAGUCAUCGAGAGCGCCGUCGCCGACUACAACACGCGCACCUGCGUCACCAUGCGGCCCUACCAAAACGGCGACUCGCGCUACAUCUGGAUCAAGGGCGACAACACGGGCUGCUGGUCGUACGUGGGCGCGCAGAGCGGGGGCCAGGUGGUGAACCUGCAGCGCAACGGCUGCGUGUAUAAGGGCACCGCCAUCCACGAGUUCCUGCACGCGUGGGGCUUCCACCACCAGCAGAGCUCUACGGAGCGCGACAACUACGUCACCAUCCAGUGGGGAAACAUCCAGAGUGGCAUGGAGUACAACUUCGACAAGUACAGCUCCAGCGUCAUCACCAACUUCGGCGUGGCGUACGACUACGGCAGCAUCAUGCACUACGACGCCUACGCCUUCAGCAAGAACGGACAAAAGACCAUCGUCGCCCCGCAAUCCAUCGGCCAGAGCAGCGGCUUCAGCUCUUCAGACAUCCUCAAGCUGGAGAAGAUGUACGGCUGCCGAUGAACGUCGACCCCUACAUUCUGAGCGAAUCGCAUCGCUGCCAAUUUGUACAUA